AUGGCUUCACAGGACGCUGCUGCUCCAAUGAACAGGCACCCCGUUAUUCAGGGAAACAGAAGUAGACGUCGACCUAAGAUUUGUGUCUUCUGCGGUUCCAGCACCGGGACGAAUCCAGCAUACAUUGAAGCUGCACGGGCUCUGGGAAGAGCAUUAGCGGAGCAAGACAUUGAUCUCGUCUAUGGCGGUGGUACAAUUGGCCUUAUGGGCGAAGUCGCAAAGACCGUCUGCUCGAUCAGAGGACCCCAGGCUGUCCAUGGCAUAAUACCCCGAGUUCUGGCCGAAUAUGAGCGUACCGAUGCAUAUCAAAGCGUGAACGACGAUCUCUACCUCCCGGAAGAGGUCAAAUAUGGCCGCACAACUGUCGUACAGGAUAUGCACACUCGGAAAAGAAAAAUGAUGGAAGAAGUCCUUAGCGGCGGGCCGGGAAGCGGCUUUAUUGGCCUUCCUGGAGGUUACGGCACGAUGGAAGAGCUCUUUGAGGUCAUUACGUGGAACCAGCUCGGCAUUCACAAACUCGGUAUCUGUUUACUGAACACUGAGGGAUAUUGGGACCCUAUUGUGGAAUGGGUGAACAAGGCCAGUGGGAGCGGUUUCGUCAAGAGAGAGAACAUGAAUAUUGUUGUUACGGCUAGCGACGCCGAGCGAGCUAUUGCUGCCCUACGUGACUAUAAAGUGUCCCAAGGCGUCUAUAAGCUGGAAUGGAGCCACCUAUAA